AUGCAACAUCAAUAUUUAGAUAUACUGGUCUUAAACGAAACUCGUCUUGAUGAAACUAUUAGUAAUUCUGAAAUAUCAAUUGAUAAAUAUACUUUAGUUAGGAACGAUCGAACACGACACGGAGGCGGUGUAGCUAUGUAUAUCCGAAAUUCAAUUAAUUUUAAUCUCAGAAAUGAUCUUCAUGAUGAAGCCCUUGAGUUUCUGUGCGUUGAGAUGAGUAAACCUAAAGUUAAACCAUUUCUAAUAUCAACGUGGUACAGACCUCCUAAUUCUUGCAAGGAUCUCUUUGACAAACUUCAGGUAAUUUUAGAUAAAAUCGAGUUCCUUGGUAUUGAAAAUAAUAUCAUUGGUGAUUUAAAUUGUAACAUGAGUGCAUCUAUUGCAGAUAAUAAUACUAAACAUUUACUUGAACUAAGUGAGUCAUAUCAAUAUACUCAACUUAUUAAGGAGCCAACUAGAGUUACAAAUAGCUCAUCCACGUUAAUCGAUCUCUUUCUUACUAAUGAACCGAACAACUUUACUUCUGCGGGCGUUAUAGUUCUAG